AUGCUAGUGCGAGGCGGCCGCGCUGCGCCACAUUGGCCGGCUGGCGCCGCGUCCGGCGCAGUGGCAGCCCUCCUCACAACGCAGCGGCUGAAAAAAACGAGCGCUGCCGCUGUCUGGAGUCGGCCGGCGCCCGCCACAGCAGGGACCGCAAGAAAUGAAAAGUGCAGGCAGGGCGCCGGUUGCUCGAGUCCCUUCCGCUUCGUGGUGCCUGCGGAACUGCCUGUUUGCGCGCUCUCACGUGGGAGGUUCUCCCCGGGGCGAGGCGGGAAGCAGCGGCAGGUGGUGGGCCGGGGGGCCGAGCCCGCACCUCGGCAGCACCACAACACCUCGGCGACGGAGAGGUGCUCUCAGGCGCCGCGCGAGGCCCCCUCAAGUGGCGGGACGGCCCGGCCCCGUCGGGAGUCACUUGCGCCGUCGCCUCCACGGGCAGCGAGUCUACGCGUGAUUCGUGUGCGCUGA